GCCGGCCCUGAGCGCCUGCCAUGGAGCAGCACCAAGAGGCGCGAACACUCGGGGACCCCGUCGCGUGGCCGCCUGGGACCUUGAGGUCUCAGACGCCCGAGGAGGAGGAGCCGCGGGUGGGCGGGUCAGCGCCAGCGGCGUCUGUUUUGGACGCGGAGGCGUAUGCGGCCAGUGCGGACGGGCUGUGGGAACUGCCAGUGGAGCCGGCGGAGCGGAGGCCCGAGUGCAGCCACUGCAGCCGGCCUCGGAAAGUGUGUUUGUGCCCAUUUCUACCAGCGAAUCCUCUACACAUCUCUACCUACUUGUAUAUAAUUCAGCAUCCAGCAGAGGAAAACAAGGUGUUGCGGACAGUUCCUCUUCUAGCAGCAUGUCUCCCCAAAGAUAAAUGUAAAGUCAAGAUUGGUCGUCGCUUCAGUGAGGAAAGAGAUCCUGAACUUUCAACUAUUUGUCGGAAGUCUGAUACAUUAAUAUUAUAUCCAGGGGCUGAAGCUGCUAAUUUGGAAGAAUUUAUAUUAGAUUCUCCUGUUUAUCCUUCCACAAUAAUCAUCAUCGAUGGCACGUGGAGCCAGGCUAAGGACAUUUUCUACAAGAAUUCCUUGUUCCGACUGCCUAAACAGGUGCAAUUAAAAACUAGCAUUUCUAGUCAGUAUGUAAUUCGGGCGCAACCAACUAAUAGGUGCCUUUCUACACUGGAGUGUGCAGCUGUUGCUCUUUCUAUCUUGGAGAAAAAUAACUACAUACAAGAGACUUUGCUUCGCCCUCUUCAGGCUUUAUGCUCUUUCCAGCUUCAGCAUGGUGCUCAAAUUCGCCUCAGCAAGGAACAUCUUCUGAAAAAUGGAUUAUAUCCCAAGCCAAUGCCAAAGAACAAACGCAAACUCAGGAAAAUGGAACUAUUAAUGAACAGUGUUAAAAUUUAGUACAACUGUUCUUAUGGUGCUAGUUAUGAUAAUCUGCAGCUGACAAUACCAGGUUAACUUUUUUAUACAUUUUAAGUCUGUGGGUUUUUGUCUAAAG